AUGAAUAGUGCGCAAGACAUAAUCAGUUCGAAUGAACAGGUUGUGAAUAGAUAUAGGCUUUGCAGAACUAAUGACCAUAACAGGUGCAUUUUUCAGCAUGGCACUUACCCUGUUCAUGGGAUUAAAGGGCCCCCUAGGGCCGGUGUGCCCCGGGAAAGAAGCACCUGUGUAAAAAUAACGGCUCGUUCGGAUAGGAGCUUAAAUUUGGUCAAGCGGCUUGCCAACUUGGCAAAACACGCAGAUUGUGCAGAUGACGCAAAUCGCACAGAUCGCACAAAUUAUGGAGGUACCGUUUCUAGGACGCAACCCCCCGACCUGCAAAUGGUGCACCGCAUAACGACCCUGGUCUGCUUGAAAAUAUACAUCUCCGUUUAUAUCUAUAUAAGCAAUUUGAGGAAACUGUCCCUUUUGCUAUUGUGCGAAUGCUCGGCUUAUGUAGCCAAGAAGUGCAGACAGUACAUGUUAAAUAAAGCAAACGGAAAAUGUCAAGCCAUAUGUAAGCACGCCAUACGGACGGAAGAGGAAGAAGGAAAAAAAAAAGACAAGCAGGUUUAUACUGACAAAUUAGGGCGAUCGGCAGGAAGGGGACACAUGAGUGACUGCCAUCGAAUUGAAAAUAAUAAACGCACAAAAGUGGGGGGAAAAAAUGAUUACCACCCCUAUUUUGUUUCAAGCAAGUUCUACAUAGAUAAAUCUGCCUGCGUUGGGAAGUCAACUUUUACUUUAGCUAGAAAGGUGGACGCUCCAAAUAGGGGAGACGCAGAGCGCAGAAGAAAACUUUACCUUGGCUGUGUUAGCCAUGUGUACACGGAUAAAAGUCGUGAAGGAGUUGUAGGAAGCAACUCCUGCACUAGUAGGCCAAGUAAUGAUGAUGAUGAUACAUACGCAGCUAAUGUAACAAGCAAAAACCGCGCAGUUAGAAGGGGACAAAUCCAAGUGGUUACUCCCCUUCUGGUAAGCAGCAAGGGAAUGUACACAAAAAGGAACAUAUUUAAAAAGAAUAGUAAAAAAUGUAUAUUUCACAAGCAAACCUGUUUUAAUGCUUUCAAGAGGGGCAGUACCAUUUACCCAAAUGGGGUUUAUACCUGUGUCAGAAAUGGAGAAUGUCUCAAAGUAGAGGUAAAUGGAAAAAAUAAAGACCAUGUUAGUGAAUCAUCUGACGAAUUCGAAGAACCACAUAAUGUUGUUACGUAUACCCCUUUCAACCAUUUAAGUGAAGGCGUCUUCGCCGAAGAGGGUACAAUAGGGGACACCUCCCUUUCUAUCCAUCCUAUGGUGCAAAAAAUGUUAAAGAUAUACGUCACACUGCCGACCCUCCUUCGCUUUACCGAAACGGUAAGCGAUUUUCACAAGCCCAUAACCCCUUGCGCAGUUCUUAUGAAGGAACCGUAUGAUGGGGGCGAAACCUUUUUGAUUACCCCUUUUAAUGUUUUAAAAAUAAUUGUUAAAAAGUUAAAGAGACAUUAUUCUUAUGUCACAUUCGAUCUAUGUUUUAAGACAAGAGUCGCAUCAGAAUGUGAUAGAAAGAGGGCACAUAUUCCAUGGGUUACUAAAAGCUCAAGAUUUAACUACCCGGAUGGGUUAAAAUUCAGCAGAACAAUGCUACUCGAGAUAUUUUUAACUUUGCCAGAGGUGGCAGAAGAGUGUCAAGCAACACCUUUCAGUUUUUUUCUUCCCCCAUUUUGGAGCAAGCCCUCAGUUUUCUCUUCCUACACCACAUCCGAUAAAAUUGAUUCCUUAUUUUUGCUCCCAAUUCUGUCCUCACCUUUGAACAGAAAACGUUUUAAAAACUCAGGAAAGCGUGCCCAUCACAUUUUAAAAAAAAGAAGAAGCUGCACUAGCAAUUUUGGACGCGCAUUUAUCAGCGACAUCCAGUUAAGUACAAAACAAUUUUUCAGAAAAAAAUAUUCAUCCGUUUUGCGAAAUCAGAAGAGGAAAUUUCGCCCAAAUGUGCUCAUGAUGGGAAAGCACAGAAGGAGGGAAGUUUUGAAACAAAAGUUUAAACGUCGCAGGGGGGGAGUACUCUCCGUAAUGGCGGAGAGACCGCUCGGGAAUGUGUUCAGGUUACGUAAGCACAGGAUGAGCGGGACGGCAAACAGGACUAGUGAGGCAACUAAACGGGAGAACGGAACUGCAAAAGGAGCGCAUGGCACGGAAAACCUCGUCGAAGUGACCGUGUCGGGGGUGAGGGAACUCCUACCCAUAUCGGAACCCCUCCCAGAGCGUAAGCGCCGCUUUAAUUUUAUCAAAAACAAAAUGAAGGUAUCCCUUUUUUUACUCAAAUGUUAUGAUCUUUUUCCCGCCAAAUAUGUGCACGUGAAAAUGCAACGUGUGGAACUGAGGGGGGCCAACUGCAGCAGAAGUGGCUCCGGGGACGUGGGUAAUUCGGCGAUGAGAAAAUGCCCAGGGGGAAGUGACAACAAGGGGAGAACAGACGAUAAUGGGAAAAGCGAGAAAAGCGGCAAACGUGGUGAUGGAAGCCAAAGUAAUAAACGCGGUAAUAGCGGCCAAAACAGCAAACGUGGUGAUAGCGGCCAAGGAGGCAAAAGCGGUGACAGCGGCGGUCGAAGCGGUGGCAACGGAGAUGACAACAAUGACGAAAAGAACAACAAAAAGAGGCACUUCGAUGAUAAGGGUGAGAAGAACGAAGAGGCGAAUGAGAACGGGAAGGAGGGCAACAACACCAACGGGGGUAAUGCUAACAGGGAAGAAGGUAGUGGGUGCGGCAAAGCCGAUUCGAGUGAAGGCACAAAGAGAGGGUCCAACGUAUCCUCGAACGGAGCGUCAAAUGAAACCUCAAAUGGAUCCACAAACGGAACCUCAAACGGUGGAUCAAACGUAACGUCCAACGGAACGUCCAACGUCGAUGCAAACGCCAAGAAGAGGAGGGGCGAAAAGGGGAAAAGCAGAAGCAAAAACAAAGUGGACAGCACAGGCGGCGGGCCGCCGGACCAACCCUCCGAGGGGAAGGAUGACAGUGUAUCGUUAAAUAACGAGUCCCUCCUGCUGAACAACGAAAAGAAAGAAACGGUUAAGCGGAGAAAGGGAAUCAGGACCGGGAAAAGAAACGGAGUUAGUGAAAAAAAUGAUAAAUAUUCACUUAACCUUCUAAUCGCAGAAAAUGCGUAUAAAAUUGUAAAAAAUGGACGAGUGUACAAACCAACGGAGCCAGUCAAUAGUUUCCAGACACACCAUAAUUUUAUGCUUAGAGAAAUGACGUGGAUGAGUAUAGAUUAUUAUGAAGAAAAAAGGUGGAAGAAAAAUGUGUCCAAAAGGUUUAGUUAUCAAAUGAAUAAUCAUUUUGAAGACAGAAAAAAAAAUGACAAAUAUUUUAUCUCUUCGCAGAUAUCCAAUGACAUUAAGAUGUUUUGGUUUUUUGUUCUGAACGAGGUGAGGCCAGACUUAGUCCCCGUCGACGUGGAUCAUAAGGUCAAAAAUAAAAAUCUGCUCAAGAGGGAUUUUUUUAACUCCGUCAGGAAGAAUUUAAAAAUGGAUGGAAGUAGUCCUUCCACUAGCUUUGAAGCGAACCCCUUCACUUCGGCAAAAGAUGAACAGUUCGCUAGUCAUGUCGUGGAAGACGGUGAACAACCAAGUGACAAAUGUGACGACCGCCCGAGUGAUUCAACCCCCAGUGGCAUCCUAAGCAUGGCGCGCAGCAUGUUUUCGUUCAAUUUUAUGAAUAAAGGGGAGGCGACCUGCCAAGGUAACGUCGACAAUGGAAACAUGGACAAAGGUAACGUCGACGCAGGGGAACCCCCCAAUUGCGCCAUUCGUAUGGAUAACCCAACUGAUGAGCAAUGUGCCCCCCCAACAAGUGACGCAGACAGACAGCAGGUAGUCCAGGGAAACACCCACAUGGAUGAAGAAAGCAUAGAGGCGUACCAAAAUUAUGAACAACGUCUUAUCCUUUUCGAGGAAAAUGUAAGCAGGGAGUUGUUAAACAAGCACGAGCACCAAAGCAGGAGGGAGGUUGACUUUUGUGAUAAUUUUACGAUGGAGGAGGAGUACGCCUACCGAAGUGCAUACCAUUAUAAUGAGGACUAUGUGGACUACUACUCCUGUAGUACAGACUACCUUGACUUGAGUAACCGCCUGUAUAUUUACUGCCUGCUAUUUAUGAGCAUUUCAUUAAUGGAGGUGAAUGAAAAUAUAUUUUAUAACAAUGAAAAUUUAAUUAAUGAUGGCGACGAUGGAAUGUACUCCGAUGGUGAAGAAGGGUUGGCGAUCCCGUUUGGAGGAAAGGGCAAACUGAUGUUAAUGCCAAAUGAAGUUAGUGAUGAAGUGGAAUACGCUAAACAUGAGAAAAAAAGGAGAAAAAAAAAAAGGAGUGAUAACAACAAUUGCGGGGACGUCGCCGAUGGGGGGGAGCAGUUGGAGGUGGAAGAGGCCAAAUCGGGGAAUGAUCCAACCAAGCAGAGAGACGAUGAAAUUAAUGCGAACAACCCAGAAAAGCAUAACACAAAGAUCAAGCUCGAAAUUGUGAAAAAGGAAAACAAGAGCGAAAUGGGAGAAUACGACGAGGAAGUCUACAGGGAGUAUGCCAAAAACCACAAUGAUUAUCAUCAUAUGGACGAUGGAGACGACUUUGAUGAUAUGAGAAGGGUAAACGACUACACGGAUCAUAUGUACCACAUGGAUUACUACGACGAGAUGGGACAUAUGAAUAACGACAUGCUAACCAUGUCCAGUACUCCCCUCAACAGUGUAGAUGUGAACGAGCUCCUCGUCAUUCCAUACUCCGCUGCCGACAGAAUAAUGAGUAAAGAAACAAGUAGUAGUAACGCACCAGAACAAAACAUGAGCGAAUAUCUAAACGAGAUCAAACAGAAAAGUGUAAACGUGUGUAUGAAUAACAUGGAGUUAUGUGGGGGAAAAACGUACCCAUUCGAAUUAGAAUAUAUUAACAACGCAAAUAACGACAUUCACCUCCCGCUAGUAAACCUAUCAGAGUAUGACGAAUUCACCUUUUUUAUGUAUCUGUUUUAUUUGAAAAACUCUCCUUAUAUUUUAAAAAAACAAAUGAUAAAGGAAAAGAGAAAACGGAAAAGAGACUUGUCAGAUGUUACCUCGGCCAAGAAAAGGACACCAAAGCGAAGGUUGAACAAGGGGGAAAAUGAUAAAACAGGGGAAACCGUACUGGAGAACGAAAAGUGUAAAACAAGCGAACAGUCGCUAACAAAUGCGGAGGUUGAAAACACGUCAUCGUUGAAUGAGGUCAAUGGGGAAGAGGAAAAUGAUCACCAUUUUGAUCUUUCUAAGAAGGAUGACCACGCAAAGGUGGGAGUUAAAAAGGCAGGCGUGAAGGAUGAUGCUGGCAUUAAGAACAAUCAUCUUGCUGAGGAGGGACACCUUUCUCGAGUGAGAGAAAUCAAGGAAGGAUCCACCUUCACGGAGGAACAGGAAGAACAAAAAUUAAAAAGGUGGACUGGCACGAAAGAAGUGUGGACCAGCGACGAAGUAAAUUUUCUUCUCAUCCUUGCGAAGACGUAUAUGAAUUAUGUGAAUACCGACUGGACGCAGGUGGGGGGAUAUAAGAGUGAGGAACAAUCCCCUGCGAAGGAUCAUCUGGGAGAUGCCCCCAAUGGAGACAAUAUUACUGCAGAACAGGGUGGAGGAAGCCCCACCGAAGUACUAAAUGGAAAAGCAAGUAAUAACAAUAGCAGCAAUAACAGCAGCUAUGAGGGAAGCGAUUACGUGGAUUUUUCGCGAAGAACGCAAGGGAACACCCCCAAUGGGGAAAUUCUCACUCAUCACGAGGAACAUAACAACACGGUGCUUGCAGAAAAGACAAUGUCACCACGGGGGGAGGUGCCCCAAAGUGGCAACUAUAUUUACUCCAUAAACUGGAACAUCAUAUCCGUAGCGCUCACCUCGUACAACAGAAUUAAUCACGUUUACGAAAUGGCGAGAACGGCAGAGGAGUGUAAGGACAAGUUCUUUUCUCUUUUCCGGGACAGCAGCUACCUGGAUGUCAAGUCGGCUACCCUGCAUGGGGAGAAUUAUUUAGAUAACAGAAAAAAGCUAAAGAAGGGUUCGAAACGGUUAAAGUUCUUGUCCAUUUUUUCCCCGCAAAGUGCGAACAGCUUGAUAGGCUCGCUUAACCAAUAUAUGAGCGAACAGAUUGAGAUGCAGAGGCAGCGGGAAGAGGGCGGCAGCAGUGGUUCCUGGGGCAGUGAGGCCAAGGGAAGCGACCCAGGCAGAGCAUUAAACGGCACGCACCAAUUGGAGGAAAAACAGAACGCAGGUGGAAAGCCCCACGAAAGCAACGGUCCCAAAAAUGACCAACUAAACCAUGAUGAGGAAUUAUCAGAGGGAAAGUAUUCCAAUGGGGAAGAAUCUACCCUCUUCGACCAACCGAGGAAGAGCGAACUGUUAAGUGGAAUAUUGCAGCAGCUGUCAAAAGGAAGCGCCCUUCUAAACGACAAUGAGAAUCUGAGCAGCAAACCGAGCAACAGCUGCACCACCGAACAGAACACCCGUUACCGGAUGAACGAGUCGGAGGAAGAAUCAAAUGACACCAACCUUUUUGGAAACACAAAUUUAUGCUCCAAUUUGAGGAAUAAGGAGAGUCUUUUUAAUAAUUUAUUAUCUCAUAUUUCUAGGAACUCUGACGAAACUUCUGAUGAAGACACCGACUGUGGGAAGGACAGCUUCUUCAGCUCCAGUGAAGUCGACGAUUCUUCGACACUGAAGCCGGACGAACUUUCUUCCAUCAAAUCGGACAAUUUGAAAAAUAUUAUAGUAAAGAGGAAGCGUCCCUUCGGAGGGGAUAAGGAGGAUGAGGACCGCGUGUGUGACCAACGUGGGGAUAGCGAAGCGGGAGAAGGGGGAGUUCCAAAUGGGGGAUCAUCAUAUGAGCACCCCGAAGUAGAAACUCAGAAUGAGCAAAUGCAGGGGAAAGAAGAAACGGAAGAAAUAAUACAAAUGGACGGAUCGAAUUGCUUGGAGGGGAAUGAGGAUGUUCCAUCUGUUGAGAGCCAAAGGAUAAGUGAAUGCUCAUUUGGGGAAAGGGAAAAGGAUGAAAAUAAAAUAGAGGAGUGUGACAAUCAUGCAAAGAACAACUCUGCACUUCCCAAAGGGGGAAAGGAAGGAAUGGUGUGCAAUGGAGGAGACGAGUCAUCCCUGCACGACAUGGACAACAGUAAGGAUGAUGUGUGCACAUCAAACGUGGGGACAUUCACAACAAGCAAUGACAAACAAACAGGGGGAGAAAGCGAAUCGGUCAAUUUUGCCAACCUAAAAAAAUGGCUCAACUCCAUAUGUAGCAAUAAGAAAAACGUGAACGAAUUUUUAGCUCUACUAAAAAAUGACUAUCUGGUUAAGAAUAAAAAGUUCCAUAAAAUCAUUCAGAAUUUUUUAAAUAAAAUAAAACCUGUUAUAGGGUACAAUGACAAUUUGUUGGACUCACUAAAGAAUGAAAAAAGUAGCUAUGAAAUGUCAAAGAAUGAACCCAUGAUGAAUUAUGUGUUCUGUGCAGAGAAAUUAGAUAAAGAGUUUGUAAAAUUUGUUAAAAAAAUAAUCGAGUAUGAUAAAAGGAGAAAGAAUAAAAGUAUGAGAAAAUUAAAUAACUUAUCAGAAUAUAGCGAAAUAUUCCAGCUGAACGAAUUUUUUAUUUACUCCCCGAAUGAGUCUUACAACACGGUGAACGAAUUUGCACAGCAGAUACUGAACUAUGUUCCCUACGUGGAUGACAAGAAAAAAAUUAACCUUAAGAAAAUUAGAAAAAGAUUCCAGUGCAAAAACUUAAUAUCACAAGUUUUGCUAGCCGACUACAUUUUGGAUAAAUUAAAGAAUUUUCCAAUGAGCACUACUUUGCUGUAUACUCUAAAAGGUAAGUCGGUGAAUAGUUUGCUUUCCGAGGCGAGGCUAAAAGCAUACACGAAGUAUAUCAAUGAUAAUUUACAAGAAUGUGAGGAUGUCGUUAAGAUGGAGAAGAGCUUUGCCCAGACGUACGAAGGGAAGAAGGAGGAAGAGUUUAUGCUCCACAGGGAGGGAUUACUCAACGGGAAAUGUGGAACAAAUGUUAAAGUGAAAAAGGAAAAUGAUCAUGAGAGUGACCUACCGAUGAAUAAACAGACGCAGGAGGGGACUGGUCCAAUGACGGACUCUCUCCCAGAUAAUAAUGCCUCGCUACUUAAUAAGAAUGGAAAAGUUUUCAACCAAGGGGGAUGUGAAAAACAUAGCAACGGUGCAGGGGUGACGGGUUCUAUUCCGGUACGCAUCAAAAUGGAUGAUAAAAACUCCGCGUUCAACUUUAACAAUUAUGAUGACAAUCAUAAUGCACUUUCACGCAGUGGUGUGUAUGACGAUGCGAACGUGACACCCACAGGGGUGAGCAAAGGAGAGAUGGAUAGAAACAACCACCACAGCAUUAUACAUAUGAGGAGCAACGUGGACAGCGCGAAUGUUGAUUCACCGCUUCAUGGUCAAGUGGGAAUUAACGAACCAGGAAGGGAAAAUGGAUACAUCAGAAUGAACCACCAAAUGUGUGGAACUGCCAGUGAGCAGUUGAUUAAUCCUGCAGUUUUUAACGAGAUUUCCGUGUACAAAACGGUAAAGGAGAAUGAGCUCAAAAAUGAUGCGGCAAAAGGUAUGAGUCCCCCUACGGAGACCGGUAUUUACGACAAUCCCAACGGUGGCAAUAUUAGCAACAAUGGGAAGAGUAAUGGGAAGAACGGCACCAAGAAUGGGGGAAAGAGCAGCGCGAAGAACGGUGGAAAGAACGGCGGGAAAGGCAAUGGUAAAGGGGGUGGCAGGGGAAGCUCCAAGGGGAAUAACAAAGAAAACGCCAAAGAAAACGGUAAAAUUGUUGCAAAUGACAAUCUGCCCACAGUUAACGAACCGAACGGAAUUAUAGACGAGGCGAAGAUGAAGAGGCCACUCAUGUCAUACACGAACCCGUUGAGUGACCCCCCCAGAGGAGUCAACAACUUUGACCAACAGAUACUGAACCACACCAAAAAUGAUUUCUUUCUAAGUAACAGACAGAAAUCUUUACCUAUAAGAAAUAUAGCCAAGACGAAUAAAAUAACGAAAUAUAGAACGUCCAUAAGUGUGUCCAAUUUUUCUCGAGAGUUAUGUAAAAAUAAUAGCAUCCUAAGUUAUUUACCAAAUGGCCAUAAUUACCUUACCAAUAAUGCACUAGAAAAAGUGCCCAUGAGAAAUGGCGUACCUUUGAGUAACUUGCCUGUAGGAAACCAAGACGCGGCAUGUGCCCCCCUGGAAGGAGAUGCCAGUGUAAACAAUAACAACCGCCAACCAGAUGGACAGAUACCUAGUAUGCAUAACAGUCCAAUGAACGAUAUGGUGGUACCCCUUCAGGUGCCAAAUGGACAACACAUGCUAAGCCAUGACAUAACUAACUUCCCAAACAAAAGACAGAAAUUGGUAAGCACGAAAUAUAAUGGGACCCCAAGUAAAAAUGCGACACUGGAAAAUGUGAACAAGUGUUUUAUGAACCAAACAGGCUCUCCAGUGAAUGCCCUGCAGGAUUACUGCAUGCUUAACCAGUCUCCUGCAAAGUGGAACAAAGGGUUACCCAACGCGGAAGGCAUCAAAUCGAAUGCUUCUCCGUUUUCGUAUCAACAGACGCAGAAUUGGGGAGACCCUCAAUUUGUCCACAAGGGGGAGAACACCUCUCCUCUUAUCAGUACGAACCUACAGGUGCCCAUCGUAAAUGCGGGUGGUAUGCAUAGCUCUUCCAGGAAUAGCAGCAUGAUGAACAAUAACUGCAAGGGGAAUAGAACCCCCAAGAACAGUAGUGGAGUUAGCGGAAUUCUGAACGGUUUAAGCAACAACAGUUUUAGCAACGGAGGGAUUCCCCUGUUCGCACGGCCAAACGGUGAAGAAGAAAAAUUCGCUUCGCCCAUGCAUGUAGCUUCGCAAAACGGUAAAUACAUACCGCCCAACGGGGGCAACGUGCAGAUGGGGCAGAUCUCGCAGCUAUCGCCAACUUUGCAAAUUUCACCAAUUCCGCAACUUUCGCCAAUUUCGCAUAAUUCACCAAUUUUGCACAACAAGCCUGCCAUGUAUGAACCCCCAGAACUGUGUGCCAAGAAUGUGCCGACGAGCAACCUACCGAACAGUAGCUCCAUUUCGCGUCAAAUGGAUGUUACCUCCAGCGGGUCAUGCAAGAAGAUGCAGCAAAUCCCAAUGAACAACAGUGCCCUAAGCACAGAAAAGAAAAUAUACUCUAUGUAUAAAGAAAAUCAAGCAAGAGGAAGUAUAAUAGGGUCAGCCUCCCUACAGGGGCCAUCACAUUCCCCAACAAUAGGUAGAAUAAACGAUGACGCACUUUCCAUUAAGUCGGCAACCCCAAGUAACUACUCAUCAGGGUAUGGAACGAACCAACCAGUAAUGCAAGAAGCGGAUGCAAAGUCAAAAAUUCUACACGAACAAAUGAUGAACAGUCAAGAUACGUUAAGUCCUGAUCAGAAAAUAUUUUUCGAUGCAAACAACAAAGGUAAUAACAUUGCAAAUUAUAACUAUCCUACGAUGACAAGGUACCCAAGCAACAACAUUCAAAAUGUGAAUCCACCAAAUAGUGACAAUAGCAGGUCAAAUUUAGGAAGUAAUUAUAGCCAUGCGAAUUUACCAAAUAUGAACCCUAAUUUUGUACCCUCCAAUGUAAUGCACAGCCAGAGUAACCCUUCACCAAACGGUGGAAGAAGAUCAUUGCUACACCACCCUGUACAUUCUCUAUCCAGCUUGGCAAAUAUGAACAGCAACAAAUUAGACAGUAAUGAACCUUUGAAUUUUUCGAAUGAUUCGUUUAAUAAAAAUAUGAGUUGUUCAAAUUUGAGUAAUGUAAAGACCGAUGGAAAUGAUGAAAGAAGGAACCCCUCCUCUGGUGCAGUAAAAAACGGUGCAGAUGGAAAUUCGCACAUGUUUCAGAGCAUACUGCAUGCGAAGCAGCAAGGCGACAUGCAGGGCGCCAUCCCCGAGAAUCAAAAAAUGCAACCCAGUUACGUGAAUAGUAGUAGCAGCGGUGGCGGCGCCAUUAGUAAUUCCCUGUGUAACAACAUCAAUAACGGUAGCGGCGCCCUGUCACCCCUGCAACAGCCCCACAUGCAUAUGAAUGACCCCCAAAAUAAUUACAUUCCUAGCGCAAACGGAAGAGAUCAAAACAACCUCGCAAGUAUGAGUCCCCAAGGAUCGAAUGCUCAGGGAUUUAAUCAGCCAAACCAACUAAGCCAAUCGAACCUGCAGAAUGUUAAUUUGAACAACGUGAAUGGACAAACGGUGAAGUACCACAGCGCAAACUUGCCAAGUAGGAAACAAGGAGGCGGCGUCAAUUCCUAUGUCAACCAGAUGAACUUCAUUCUGCAAGUGCUGAAUCAGUUAAAUUCGAACUCGAAAGGAAGUACUUCGCCAAACGGGAACCAUCAGGGCGCGGGGAAACCCGCUAUGGAGCAGUCCCCCACGAAUCAGACAAGUGGCAGCCAGUCGGGGAUGACCCAUCCGGGGAUUAAUCAACCGAGCGUGACGGCACCGAUUUAUGGCCACGCAAGCAGCAGUGUGGCCUCGCCAAAUGGGAACAGGAGCCAGAAUGUAUCCCCAUUCAAUUCGCCAAAUAUAAAAGGAAAAAAUGGCAAGCAACCAUUUAGCGAUAGUAGUGUAAACAACCUCAAUAUGGUAAACAUGGGCACAAAGGGGAUCUUGCCAAAAAAUAUUAUUCAGAAAAUGUCUCCAAAAAAUAUGUUCCCAUCGCAAGAUCUGAUUCAACAGAAGUUACAACAACAACAACAGGAGUUACUGCAGCAGGAAUUAUUUCAGAAGGCAUACAAUGAGAAAGAAAAUCAGUCAAGUCCAUCGCAGGGAACAUUUCAGGAAAUGCAUAACCAGUGCCCACCUGAUAACCUAAUGCAGAAUGACCCAGUGAGGCAGCAGAAGUUGCUUCAGAAGAUCCAACAGGAACAAAUACAGAAGCAGCUUCAGCAGCUGCACUCCCAGCAGCAAUUCCAGGUUCACCAGAUGCAACAGCAGGUGCAUUCGCAGCAGAUGGGUUCAAAUAAGGGGCCGUCACCACUGAAGGCGCAGCAGUUAAAGCAGCAUUUGCUUGCACAACAAAUGAGCCCACAACAAAUAACUCCACAACAUGUAACCACACAACAGCUACACCAACAACAGUUGCAGCAAAUUCAAAUGCAGAAGCUUCAGUACCAGCAGCAGGAGUUGAAGAAACAUAUGGAGCAGCUGCAGCAAAAGAUUCCCCUACCUCAGCAGAAGUUCCACCAACUAUAUAAUACGAAGCAAAAUAUGUUGUUAAAUGAAGAGAAUGGAAAGAAGAACAAACAGAGGCAAAUUAGCCUUCCCCUAAAUUCCCACGUACCCAACAUGCACAAUCUGCAGCAACUAAAUAAAGGCGAAGAGCUUCUCUCGAAGGAAAAUUUGAAUAGUAAUAUGGGCGGUAGCGUCAGUGGCAGUGUUAGCGGGAGCAUGAGCGGCGGGAUGGGAAGCAUGGCUGGGUUGAGCGCCAUAGGCGGAAGCAACAUGGGUGGAAGUAACAUGGGCAGCAACUUGGGAAGUAACUUGGGAAGUAACUUGAGCGAAAGUGCCAUGUACAUGAUAAAUAGGAAGAUGUCAAAUAACCUGAAUAAACUGAACAACGCCGACCACUUUUUUUCCUACGACUCAUUUCAGCAGUCCAUGCCCCCGAACAAAAUUGACGUAAAAGACAUGAGGACACAUGACGGAAAAAAUAUGAAUGAAAGUAGCAUGUUGUUAAACCCAGUCCAAGCAAGAGACCUAUGUAGCAAUAAUAUACCCCCUCGCGUUGUGCCCAACAAUAUGCCUCCAUAUAUUUCUUCAAACUCUCCAUUUAAAAUGAAUCAUCAUAAUAAAAGCAACAUGAACAAUAAUCAGCAGCAGUAG